AUGGGGUCAACAAAUUUUGGUAAUUUCGACGCGUUUUGCCGCGAUUCGACUUUACCGGUCUGCAAUGUUCUCUCAGAGAGUCAUGACCAACGAGGCGGAUGGGGUGGUUGCGAGCUACAAGGCAUCCCUCUAUCUGGUGAUCGCUACUUGGGAAAUCUAGGGUCUAUAUUGCUUUGCGGUAUCGCCAUUGUCAUUUCAAUACUGCUAUUGUUGCGUUCAGAGAGAAAGAAGGCUGCAGUUGGCCGGAGGGAGAUGCAAUUAUUCCUCAUCGGUUUUAUCAUAAUCGAGAUAUGCGAAAUAUUCACAGUUGGGGAGUUUCCUCUUAAUGCAACAGUCCGGAUCGCCUUCACCGGAAUCCACAUCGGAAUGAUCAUCGCGACAACAUGGAUUCUACUACUUAAUGCUAUCGUAGGAUAUCAGAUCCUUGAUGACGGUACACCAGUUUCCAUGGGACUCAUGUUCCUCUCUGGCGCCAUCCUCUUUGUCGGUACUGGUUAUAUCACGCUCGACACGGGAUUUCACUGGACCAACGAAUUUGUUACCAGGGCCGACGAACAUUACCGAAACAUCGCACUUUACGUACUCUACCAGCUUGCCCCGCUUGUUUUCCUCGUGGCCUUCUUUGUUUUGGAAGCCGUUCUCGUCCUCAGAAUCUUGGGUGAGAUUCGACCCAUGAUAUACCUCGCAGGCGCUGCUAUUCUAUUCGCGAUAGGCCAGGUCUUCAACUACGUCAUCAGUCCAUACAUUUGCAACGGAACUAGUGGCAAGAUCGACGGUGCGUUAUUUGAGACGCUCUUCACUCUACUCUCGGUUAUUAUGAUCUGGGUAUUCUGGUCGAGCAUUACCGAAGACGACUGGCCGAUUGCUAGUCAACCCACAGGCUACCCUUAA